CAUCCAAUUGUACGACAUAGAAACAAGAAAAGCAUGCUUCUCAGCAUAUCACCUGCCAAUAACGAUGCUGCCCAGGUGCCUCUUUUACUGGACUAGCAUCGUCAGCUUCAUAUCUGCAUCGGCAGUGGGUACGGCAAGGCGGCGGGGCCCGUCGAUGACUGCAGGUGGUUCCAGUUAAUGAUUACUGUAGUUACGCUUUCACAAGCAGUCAGCAGCUAAAUGGUAUGCUAACUAUUGUAAAAACCAUGUCGCUAAUGCUACUUACCUAAGUUAAGCAACGUCAGCGGCUUGUAUUGGCAUACAAUGGAGACACUAUGAUUGCAUACUUCAAUGCCGAUGAUGCCGACAUGAAUUGGAUCGCCAUCAAGUGCUCUGCAGAGCUUCUCGAGUUCUACAGUACUACUCGUAUGGUGUUUACUAGCGAUUGAACUUUUGUGACGAUACGCUCAAUAAUUAUCACGAUGGCAAUGCAACAAGAAACUAAGCGGGAAUUGAAAGAAGGUGAAUUGAACGAACUUGGGCUUCCCUAUAAUCCUAAAGGCUUUGGGUACAUCUCUACCGGGUUUCCUGCACCCGGGCUACCUCGGACGGUGCGACAUAUCACCGGCCACGACGCCGAUGGAAAAGCCACAUUCCUUAGUACCGACUGUGGGGACCACCACCUGAUAAUGGGCGAGCAGCAAGCUCUUUCCAAUAUUGUAUAUUCAACGUCGGAGACGCCUGUGGACCUUAAUGGUGAUGUUGAUAUCGAACGCGCAAGAAAUCAUGAGCCACCUCUACACUACCAAAAUGGUACCGUACUGCGUAUGAUUGAUUUCGCCCCGAACGAACUGACCCCUAUGCACCGCGCGAUAUCGUUGGACUACGGUGUUGUCCUGGAAGGCGUGUUCGAACUCAUCCUUGAGUCCGGCGAGAAGCGCAUCAUGCGUAAAGGAGACAUUAGCAUUCAGCGAGCUACUGCCCAUCAGUGGCGCAACUUGAGUGGAGGAGGCACGCUUCCUGGACGUAUGAUGUGGGUAUUGCUCGGCGUAAAAGAUGUCAUUGUCAAUGGGGAAAAGCUGGAGGGGUUUUUGGGGCCAUUGGCGCCUUACUACGAGGGUAAGGAGGGCUACAAGGGACAGCCGAGCGACUGAGGAGAAUCAAUUUGAUGAUUCCAUAGUGUAAUUCAAAUAUACAACAUUCAACGUUCCUAGAGGCGAAGUCUAUUGACCUGGGCAUCUUAGGACUGGCUGACUUGUAAC